GCGUGCGGGAGGCGGCGCGGAGCCGGGCGGGUGCCGGGAGCGGCGCUCGGAGCCUCCGCCUGCACGGCACAGCGCCGGGAGGAGAGGCCGCGGGAGGGGGACUUCAGGCGGGUUGCAUCAGCGUCCGGGAAUAGCAGCGGUGGGCAGAAUGCAGGGCUCAUUCCCGCUGCUGUCUGUGUACGUCUGCAUUUAUUCGGUGGCACUUCCUCCUCCUCGGUGGACAAACCGAAUGAUGUAAAUCUGAGGUUACGAAGGGUACUUUUUUGUUUUGACUCCCGUUAUCUCACUGAGAUGUCGUCAGCGCACAUCUCGUUUUCACGCCAACACGUCGCAGUCCGUUCCCUGGCGCAUCCAUCCCCGGGCAGCUGUUCUGCACCACACUUCGGCACCGGGUCGGGCGCCGCGUGUGCCGCCUUCGUUCCAAAACAGCACCGGGACACACAUCUCUGGCGUGACACCUCCACAUCACCUCCCCUCCUCCGUACGAACGUCCCUUCGAGGGAGCAACACGUAUUCCUGCAGAGAAAAAGGAAAGCCCUGGGGGCUUGUGGCUAGCAGAUGGCACCAGAUGAAUGGGGGAACGAAAGAGGGAGGAUGUAACGAUGACGAGCAGCACACAAAAACCUGAGGAAGUCAGAAGUAAACGCAGGAAAGAGCUGGAGGCUGAUGAUACAGAAGGCCUUCAGCUGUCCUCCACCGACACAGCAGACCCAGGGCUUUCAGAUGGCCUGCAGUCCCUGUACAAACCUGAGUCCCUGGAACAGCUGCUAAACGAGAUGAAUAAAGAAAUCAAGAGCUUGUUGGCAAAGUAUGCCCACAUCUUAAGUGAGAGAGCAGCAAUGGAUGCUUCUUACGUGCAUGAACUUGAUGGAAUCUUGAAGGAAGCGAGAACCCUAGAAAACCACUUAAAACAGAAAAAAGAAAGUCUGAAGCAGAGAUUUGCUAUGAUUGCAAAUACUCUGCAAAGCUAAACAAAGUCUGUUAAUUGUAGAAAUGCUCAUUGUUGUAAUAAAUUUUGAUACAUAAAGUUAAUAAACAAUGGUGGAUGCGAUGAAUGCUUCAUACAUAUCUUUGGUAAAUAUUUCUAGCAGUUCAGGAAACAUUCAUCAACUUUAGCAUCUUAUUUUUUAAAUAAGUAUAUGCACUAUAAGGAGUAGCGGUAGUACAAAAGACACUAAAUAUUUAUUUUUAAUCCCACAAUGACUUCAAGGGAUUCUACAGAUUAGAACAGCAUUUCUUAUAUUUGCUGACCCAUUGUUUAAACUGUUCCUGUGUUUCCAUCCCAAGAAAAUUAAUUUUUGGCACCAAAAUCAUAGUAGAAUGUACCUCGAAUCUUACUUUCGUUUUGUAUCUGAACAUAGUUGAAUGUGACUGAAAAGAGGAGCUUAGAAAUAGGAGAGUUCUAUUAGGAGUAUUACUUUGGAAAUGUAUAACAAGGAGUUAAGUCUUAAUUUAAAUAUGUAUUUUGUAUUAAUUUAAAUAUGUAUUUUGUUGCACCUUCAGCUUUUCAAAUGAAAUGAAGAGCAUUUUUGUAUAAAAGUGCAUUGUAAAAACUUUUCUGGUAGUAUCAAUAAAUAAAAGAUGAUGUUAAUACUA